CCCGACUGCUAACCUUGGCCUCUUCUUUCGAGGUGCUUGACUCAUCUGCAGCAAUAUCUUUUCCUAUGGCGGACGUACUUUCUACUGCACCCUCUGCUCCUGAGACGAUUCCUGUGACCAUGAACGUCGAUGCUACGACACCGAUGGAGACCACGACGACGGCACCAGUCCCGACUGAGGCAGUAGCAGCACCGUCUUCUGGCCCCAUUGAUCCUGUGCCUCUCUCUUUCCCUGCUAUUCUUCGUACUCCUGGUGUACCAGCGGCCCGCUAUGAACUUCGAGACACAGCGUACGUCCGUCCUUCUGGCAGCAUCCUCGGCCGAGCUGCGAGGAAGGAAGACGUCGAAGGCAAGCGGCGCACGAGGCGGAAGGAGAAUGCCAAGUUCACGGGUAACCCCCACAUCGUUGCAGCCACGAAGCGCGAUCUUGUCCUGGAACCCCCUACUGUCCGUACCACGUUCCCCGAGCCCCUCCCGCCAUCCCUCCCACGCACCGCCAAACUGCCUUCAGUCGUUCCCCCUACCCUCGAUCCGCUCUCCGCCAAUGCCGGCCGCUUCUCCCUCAGCCUGAAGGGCAUGCGCCGCGAGCUGCGCAAGUCCGGCUACGCGCAGGGCCUCGUGCGAGUAGUCGAGCUCGAAAUGGCAGACUGGCUUUCAGACGGCGGCGCGAUGAUGUCCCCCGAUGAUGUCCAGCCCGAGCAGGCGGAGCGUCAGAUCGGGGAGACGCCUGUCGUCGAGGUCUCGCGCACUCCACUGCAGCUCGUAUGGCGGAUAUCGGAGGACUCGUACGCGAGAUACGUCGUGCAUUGCUGCGCGCGCUACCACGAGAUUGUGAGCUUCAGCAAGGACGUCGACGGAGAACGCCUGACCUACCUUUUGCGUCCCAACGUCUUCCGCCCAGACGCGGCUGGCGCCUUCAGCUUGGAGACCCCACCUGUCACCGACAUCGACUAUUCUUCCCAGCUCAGCGAGUCCGACCUCGUCUCCUCCGACGCAGGCGACUCCGACAUCGAAGAGCGUCGCGCGGGACACGCACCAGCAGCCCUUCCUGCGAUCUCUGAGGACCGUCCCGCCUCUCCUGCCGAUAGCUCGUGGUCCAUCGUCGACGAUGCGGCGAGCGCGGACGGCGACGAGUCCGCCAGCGAUGCUGGGCUCGCUGCGAGCGUCGAGUCGUUGUCGCUCGCGGAUGAACGCACGCCUCGGCGCAGGCCGUUGCACCCGGCCGCUUGGGGCAGCCGGCAUUCGCGGGCAGACUCGUCACCCUCUCCGGCGAGGAGGCAGCGCAGGCGGCGGAUGCGGCCUGCGGAUAAUCGCCGUACUGUUCCAGCGCGGCGGGGUGUGACCGCGGCGUCUCGCGGCGAGUCGUUCUACGACUACAUUUUUUCCUGAGUCAGUACGAUUACAUCUUCUCCUGAAUCCGGGCUAAAGAAUUGGGGGUGGCUUCGUGUAAUGUAUAUGUGAGCUUGGUCUUGAUUGUUAGAUGUCGCGCUCACCGUCUCAUCGUCUGUACAGUGUAACAACAGUAUAAGUCAUAGCAGCGGCAAUGUCACUGGUUUCCAGCUGUCCCAAGCAGACGGUCC